CGACUUGUUUCUAUGGCAACACUUGCGCUGGGAAUUAGAGAGAGGCACGACAGAUAUAUCGAAAGGUUUUUUUUUAGUUUUCGUUGCGUAAAAUUCGCUAACUCUUUGGAAUUAUUACGUCAACGUUCCUAACGUUCGUGAGAAUUGUGGCUGAGAACUUUAAGGAAACUAGGAAAAGUUGGCAACCUGCUACACCGCACCGUGUGUUUUAAGCUAGUCAGAAAUCCGCUAACACCACCGGUUAACCAGACUAAGCUCUAAAGUCAGUUAAUGCCAACGUUUAAAUGUGCUUUUUCUGGCCACAGUAGAAUGUUUAAAUAGCCCAACUGAAGAGGAGGGGCUGAUUAAAAUAAAAUGGAUGAAGACUAUUUAAAGACCAUUCGUCAGUUACUUGUCCAGCGUGUGUAUUUGUCUGGUGCACCUGAGGAGUCAUGGACAGAGGACACUAUGAAGCUGCUGGACCCUUUUAUUUUAGACACCUCUGUCUCUGAUGUGAUGGUGUAUUUGCACCCUUUGAGGGGCAUUCAGGUGGUCUACCAAAGGCCUUCAGAGGUGGAGGAGCUGUUCCAGUUUACCCGUCUAAAGGGAGCCAUAAUCACCGAGGAAACCUUUGAUGCAGUCAUCAGUUUUCAGAUAGUGAGAGGAAAUUCCCUCCACAAGCUGCUCCAAGCAAUGUCAGGCUUCCACAUGCCCCUGUUUUCCCACAACUCCUACAAGGCUAUGAUCUGGAAGGACGAGUAUAUUGAGGAUAUCUACUACUUCAUCACUUUCCUCACUGAGGAUGUGUACAAAGAAGAAGGCAGGAUUAUUCUACUCAUCCCAGUUGAGGUGCUGCAGUGUUCUGUAGAGGAGGCCAGAAGAGACAAGAGCCUGAUAAAGAGGAUGGAGAUUCUGAUGAUUCAUUGGACGGAUCAGAUCAGGGAUCUGCUGAAUGAGGAUGAAACAGACAGCUGUGGCCUGCUGCAACAGAUCGAGUUCUGGGCGGUUCGCUCCACCAAGCUGUCUGAGAUCCACCAGCAGCUGGAGAAGCCAGAAGUCAGACACAUCCAGAACAUUCUGCAGCAAACAAAGUCUUUGUAUCUUGAGAACUUCAUUCGACUUCAAGAGGAAUUAAAGGCUUAUAGACAGCAGGCCGAGUCCAACAGGAAGUUCCUGUCCAUCCUGAAGGUGCCCUGUGAGGGGCUCUCCAAGCUCAGUCCCAGAGAAAUGGCUUCAAAGCUGGAACACAUUAUUUCACUCAUUCAUAUCAUCUGGGCCAACUCCCCCUACUAUAAAGACAAAGACAGGAUCACUAGACUCUUCUGCCAGAUGAAUUAUGAGCUGAUUCAUCUGUGCACCCAGAACAUCUCUCUGGACAAGAUCUUUGGAUCUUCUUUGUUAUCCAGCAAGCAGGUCCUGAACGACUGUGUCUACUGCUGCCUGUCCUGGAAGGACACCUAUCAGCAUGUCUCAGAGCGUCUCCAAAAGAUUUCUGACUCCUUCUGUUCGCUGGACACCUCCAGGUUCUUUGUGGUGACUGACGCCUUCAUUAAGAGGCUCACAGACCUGCUUGAGGUUUGUCUCUGCCAGUACCAGUUUAGCCACGGGGAGGAACGUCAGCAGAGGGAGGUGCUGUACUUCAGAGGUACAAGGGGACCAGAACUGACCCGCCGGCUGCAGGACAUAGAGGCCAAGUUUCACACUGCUCUGCAGACGCUGCGCACGUUUGACGAGAGCAUCUUCGAUGUCAGCGACUCAACGUGGAGCAAUGAAUUCAGCAGCUUUUCAUCUUUUGUGAAAGAGCUGGAAAUAAUGGUGAAGGACCUGAUCACCUCAGCAUUUGGGUCCAUAAACACGAUUCAGGAUGGGAUCAGACUCAUGGACAUAUUUCAGCAUAUGGCAACGCGUGAGACCAUUAGGGUCUCUCUAGAAGAGGAAGCAGAGAAGGUUGUCAGCCUCUUUAAUGAUGAGCUCCAAAGCGUAAACAGAGCUAUGAACCAGGAGGAGUGGCCUUUUCCUGACCACAUACCUAAAAUUGUGGGCCAGGCUCUGUGGGCAAAGGCCUGCAAACACAAGCUGACUGAGUCUAUGGAGGCCCUUCAGUCGUCCCACUACCUAGUGAACUCUCACAGCUAUAACCAGGUGCUAGCCGCCCACAGCCGGUUGAACCAUGAGUUGGAGGAGGUUGUGAAGGAGAAGUUCUUAGAGUGGGUCCAGGAGCUGGACGAGCGCUUCUUCAAGAAACUGGAGCAGCCACUCCUGUUGCGCCAAAAGAGCUCCCCAUCCAAGCUGGACAUAAACUUUGAUUACGACCCGCUGAGUCUGUUUUCCGAGAUCAGGUGUUGGGAGCAACUGAAUUGUGAGAUUCCUCAGAGUGUUUCUGACAUACAGAAGAAUGGAGAAGGUAUCAGGAUCUUGAGGGAGCGAGCGCUGGUGCUAGUCAGAAGCUACAACAGGAUUUUUGAGAGGUUGUCUCCCAAUGAGCUGGGUCUGUUCCGAGACCAAGUCCGUGUCGUGGAUAGGGCGGUGGAGCCUGGUCGGUCCAAGCUGCUGUUCGUGAAUAAAGGAGCUUCUGAGAUCUUCAUCAGAGACUGCCUCCGCCGUGUAGAGAAGCUCCAUUCGUUAGUUGAUAGGUACAAGAUUUCCAGCCAGUUAAUCUCCAAUCUCUGUCAACUGAUCAGUGAAACCUUGCUGCUGAAAAUAGAUGCUGAAACUGCGUACAGGAAUUUAGAGUUUGAGCAGACCCAGAAGGCUCACCAGAUGGACUGUCUCCAGAAACUGCGCUCAGCACACCAGGAAAUCGUUAGGAACAUGACUGAGAUCCACAGCAUCUUCGCUAAAGAUGGAGCUGAGGUCCAGGAGAACUGGGCGUCCUACACCAGUAAGGUGGACCACAUGGUAGAAGAAGCAUUCCGACUGAAUAUCAGCAACUCCAUGAACAAGCUUUCCACAGCCAUCAAUGGCAACCAGAACCCAGGCGCUGCCUUGUUUGAAAUCACCAUAAAUCUACAGCAAACCUCUCCCCAGACCUUUCCGAAGGUGACGUUCUCACCCUCUCUGAAGAAGCUGGCUGAGAUGGUGAACAUUUUGCCGCAGCUCAUCAGGGCCAUCUCAGAGUUUAAGCGCCUCCCUGGACUGCUCUCUCUUCCAGGGUCUCAAGAAAAUCCAAUCUUUAGGAGCAUAGGACAAGAUGAGAAAAUUAGAGAGUCUCAGGCUGCCAUCAUGGCGGGUAUGUCAGCCAAUGCCAUCUGCAUGGAGGAGUAUAAGAAGACCUGGUACAAAUACAGAGACAUCUGGGGGAUGAACAAGGACAACAUCAUAAAUAAUUACAAAAGACAGAACCCUCCAUUAUCAUCUAUUGAUGCAGACAUACAAAGAUACUCGGAGAAAGCUAACAGCGUUGACCAGGAGAAGGCAUGUUCCUGCAUCCAGUUUGUGAGAGUUGACUGUUCUCCACUCAAGCUGUCCUUGGUGGAGCACUGCCGCGAGUGGAAAGCCAAGUUAACAGAGCUUCUGAGUCAAGAGGCCUGCAGCCGCCUACAGGAGCUCUACUCCACCAUUCAGGACAAUGCUGACAGGUUGAAACAAACCCCAGAGACUUUGGCUGAUCUUGACAAGAGCUUUACACUUCUGAAUACUCUCAGAGCCAAUUCUGACAAGACAUUCACUCAAGUCUCUGUGAUCCAGGAGCAGUUUGCUGUUCUGCAGAAGUAUGAAGUUCCUGUGGAAGAUUCUGUGAUGAAAAUGCGAGACGGGUUGAACGACCAGUGGGACCUGUUUCAGAGUGUGCUGAAAGACAGCAGCAGCAGUCUGCAUAAGCACAAGGAGAACUUUAAGCAGAAACUAGACCAGUCCUAUGAGCUGUUUAAAAAUAAAGUUGAGGCCACUGUGCACGAGUUCAAUAGCAAAGGUCCAUUUGACAGUGAACUAGGCCCCGACUUAGCCUUGUGUCAAAUAGCAGAACAUUGCGUCCAACUGGAGAUGCUAAAGCAGGAACAAGACACCAUCUUUGAAAAGCUGGACUUCUUCAAAAUCAAACAAACCUUGUCUAGAAGCAUCCAGACACUGGAAAAGGAGUUGGGUCAGCUGCAGAAGGUCUGGGAGAUCACAAAAGAGUGGAACAACAACUGGAACAGCUGGAAGGUCGUUCAGCUCUCUGAGCUUCAGGUGGACAGAAUGGAAAGUACAGCACAAGAAAUGUCCCAUGAACUUAAUGUGCUUCACAAAGAUCUGAAGGAUAAAAAGUGGAAAAUCUUGGACUACAGUACGAGUCUGAUUCAACAGUUCAAGAAAAGGAUCCCCCUCAUUACUGACCUGAGGAACCAAGCCAUGAGAGACAGACACUGGAAGCAGAUCUACACGAAGCCAGAUCACCAUUUUGACCCUACCAGUGCCGAUUUCACCCUGGAGAAGCUCCUCUCUCUGGGCCUGGACCAGUCCAUGGACAGAAUCAGUGAGAUCUCUGCAGCUGCCAGCAAGGAGCUGCUCCUGGAACAGGAUCUGGAAGGCAUCAGGAAGACGUGGGAGGGACUGUACCUGGAUAUACAACCCUACAAUAAGGAGGACCACUUCUGGCUGAGAUGCACUGAAGACAUUUUCCAAGCCGUUGAUGACAGCCUGGUUGUCUUGUCCACGCUGAAGGCAUCUCGCUUUGUAAAAAUCUUUGAGCAGGAGGUGGACCAAUGGGAAGGACGGGUGUCUCAUGUGCAGGAAGUGGUGGAGAUGAUUCUCACGGUGCAGCGUAACUGGAUUUAUUUGGAGAACAUUUUCAGUGGAAUAGAGAAAGGAAAUCAACUUCCUCAUGGCUACAAAAAGUUUAAAGGUGUUAGUGCGAGUUGGAAAACCGUAAUGAGUCAUCUUCAGAAGGAGAGGAAUGCCUUGCAGGGAACGCACCAUCCUGGCUUAUUGGACAGCCUGUCUGACAUGAACACCUGUCUGGAGGAGAUCCUGAAGUCCUUGGAUGUUUACCUGGAGACCAAGCGCCAGAUCUUUCCAAGGUUCUACUUCAUGUCCAAUGAUGACAUGCUGAAGAUCCUGGGACUGUCCAAGAAUCCCAAAGCCAUGCAGCCUCACAUGGAGAAGUGUUUCGGCAGCAUCAAGAGUCUGAAGCUCGACAAGAGGGAGAAUAAACCAUUGGCUACUGGGAUGAUUUCUGCUGAUGGAGAGAUAACAGCCUUCAUCAUUCCGGUGGAGCUGGACAAAGCCGUGGAGGUCUGGCUGUGUGAUGUUGACCAGGCUGUCAGCACCACGCUAAAGGCCCAUCUGAACAGCUGCUGUUCAGAUCUGAGAAAGCUUAAAGGCCAAAGAAACAAAUGGAUCACAGCCUGGCUGGGGCAGAUAACAGUCACAGCCAGUCUGAUCAAAUGGACUUCCGACGUGACUAAAUGUCUCGCCACGUCCUCCCUAAAGCAGCUCAAGAAGAAACAGGCUGAGGUUCUUCAGAGCUAUUCAGAGAUGAUGCGUGAGAACCUGACCAGAGUGGUGCGUCUGAAGACGGCGGCGCUCGUCUCAGUGGAGGUUCAUGCUCGAGACGUGACUGAUAAGCUGCUGAAGGCAGGCUGCUGUGAUGCGGAUGCAUUUGAGUGGCUCUGCCAGCUGCGCCUGUACUUGGAGUCGAGCACGAGCAACUUGAACGAAUGCUGCAUUCGACAGAUGCAAUCACAGUUUAAAUAUGGCUACAAGUACCUGGUGAACACUGGAUGUCUGGUCAUCACCCCACUUACUGACAGGUGUUACCUGACCCUGACCACAGCACUCCAUCUCCACCGGGGGGGCUGUCUAAAAGGCCCUGCUGGCACGGGGAAGACUGAGACGGUGAAGGAGCUAGGCAAGACCCUGGGUGUGAACGUCAUUGUUGUCAACUGCUCCAAAGAGCAGGAUUGCCGAUCCAUGGGACGCGUGUUCUCUGGUCUGGCUCAGCUGGGGGCGUGGGGUUGCUUCGACGAGCUGAACCGAACCAGCGUAGAGGUGUUGUCAGUGGUGGCUCAUCAGAUCCUCUCAAUCCAGUCCGCCCUCGAAGCGAGACAGUCUGACUUCCUGUUUGAAGGAAACAAAAUCCGGCUGGUCCCAUCAUGCGGCAUCUUCGUUACCAUGGAUACUGGAUUUGCAGGUCGCUCUGAGCUUCCUGAUAACCUGAAGCUCCUGUUCAGGCCGGUCUCCAUGGUGACGCCAGACUCUGCUUCCAUCGCUGAGGUCCUGCUGUUUGCUGCAGGCUUCAAGAACUGCAAGUCCCUUGCUAGGAAGGCAGUCACUUUGAACUCGCUGAUGGUGCAGCAGCUGUCCCAGCAAGACCAUUAUGACUUCAGCCUUCGUUCUCUCACCUCGAUGCUUCGCCAUGCAGAAAAGAAGCGUCACUCUUUCCUCGACCUUCCUGAUGAAGAAAUCCUUCUGACAGCUAUAAAAGACAUGAACAUCCCAAAGCUGACCUCUGCUGAUUUGCCUCUGUUCAGCGGGCUCAUCCAGGACCUUUUUCCUGCAGCGAGCACACCCAUGGUGAAUGACAGCGUGCUGAAAGAAGCCAUAGAGCUGGAACUACGUCAGAGCAGUCUGCAGGUGACUCAGUUCACCGUGACCAAAGUCAUGCAGCUCUAUGAGACCAAAGCCUCCCGACGCUCCUGCAUGCUGGUGGGUCAGACGGGCAGUGGUAAGAGUGUAACAUGGAGGACUCUGCAGAACGUCCUCACCGCCCUGCAGCAGCAAGGAAAGCCGGGCUUUCAGCUGGUCCAGAUGUGUCCUCUGAACCCAAAGUCGUUGAGUCUCAGUGAACUGUAUGGAGAAAGGGACAUUUCUACUAAUGAGUGGACAGACGGAGUGUUGUCCUCCCUCAUGAGAGCCUUUUGUGCUGAUGAGAAACCAGAUGAGAAGUGGAUUGUGUUUGACGGGCCUGUGGACACUCAGUGGGUUGAGAGCAUGAACUCUGUAAUGGAUGACAACAUGGUGCUGAUGCUCAUCAACGGUGAGAGGAUUUUGGUGCCUGAGCAGGUCUCUCUCCUGUUUGAAGUAGAGAACCUGGCUCUGGCCUCUCCAGCUACAGUGUCCCGCUGUGGAGUGGUCUACUGUGAUUCUGCUGCUCUUGGAUGGAGGCCUUUUGUUUCCUCCUGGCUGGAGAAAAGACACAAAGCUGAAGUGGAGCACCUAAAGACUUUAUUUGAUAAAUAUAUCGAGAGUACGCUGAGCUUUAAGAGGACCAACUGCAGGGAGCUCAUCCCCAUCAGUGACCUCAAUGGUGUCACCUCCCUCUGCCACCUGUACGACUCCCUGGCCACAUCCAGCAGUGAGCUGGGCUCCUCAGACAUGACGGAACUAGGUAAGGUGGUGGAGCUCUGGUUUGUCUUCAGCCUCAUCUGGUCCAUUGGUGCUUCUGUUGACAAGGACGGGCGCAGGAAGAUAAACAACUUCCUACGAGAGAUGGGCGGGUCCUUCCCUCAGAAGGACACAAUCUAUGAGUACUACGUGAACCCAGAUACCAAAACCUGGGUUCCCUUUGAGUAUGAACUACCAUUGAGGUGGAACUACGAUCCCACUGCUCCGUUCUAUGAGAUCAUGGUUCCCACGGUGGACACGGUGCGCUACAACUUACUGGUAAAUGCUCUGGUGUCGAGUCAGUACCCAGUGCUGCUCACUGGACCAGUGGGAACUGGGAAAACCUCACUGGCCCAGAGUGUCCUGCAGGGACUGGGUGACAAGUGGACAUCCCUCACUGUCAACAUGAAUUCACAGACCACAUCUAACGACAUCCAGACCAUCAUACAGACCAGAACAGAGCAGAAGACCAAGGGUGUGUUCCUGCCUGCCGGAGGGAAGCAGCUGCUGUGUUUCCUAGAUGACCUAAACCUUCCUGCUCCUGACCCAUUUGGCUCCCAGCCGCCACUGGAGCUGCUGCGAUUCUGGACCGACUACGGCUUCUGGUACAACCAGCAGAAACUCAACCGGCAGUUUGUCAAUAACAUGUUGUUGAUGGGAUCCAUGGCGCCUCCUGGUGGAGGGAGGACUCGGAUCUCGGCUCGUUUUCAAAGCAGGUUCAACCUCAUUAAUAUGGCCUUUCCUGAAGAGUCCCAGGUCAGGAGCAUCUUCAGCACCAUGAUCAACCAGAGGCUGCAGAAUUUUGAGGAGGACAUGAGGCCGAUGGGAGACACUGUGACUGAGGCCACCUUAAAGCUGUACAACGCUGUCGCAGGCACUUUUCUCCCCUCUCCAGCCAACACACACUACCAGUUCAGCCUCAGAGACAUCUCCAAGGUGUUCCAGGGUCUGUUGAGAGCUCAUCCAGAGUGCCAAGAUACCAAAGAGCACUUCACAAGGCUGUGGAUCCACGAGUGUUACAGGGUGUUUUCAGACCGGCUUGUAAACCAGGAGGACAUGAACACCUUCACUGGUCUGGUGGAGGACACGCUGCGCUCCCUCUUCACCCUCUCCCUCAAACACAUUUGGCCAAAUAAGCAGUCCCCCAUAUUUGGUGAUUUCCUAAGGGGCUCUUAUGAGGAGAUUCAGGACAUGGAUGAUCUCAAGAUGUUCUUGAAAGACAAGCUGAAGGAGUACAACAAGACAUCUGGAUCGGCUCCCAUGAACCUCGUGUUCUUCCAGGAUGCCAUUAAACACAUAACGCGUGUUUUACAUGCGAUCAGCCAGCUCAGAGGAAACAUGCUUCUCAUCGGUGUCGGAGGCUCCGGUAGAAAGAGUCUAUCCAAGAUGGCCGCCUUCAUCUGUGGCUAUCAGGUGUUUCAGGUGGAGGUGACCAAACGGUACUGCAGACAGGAGUUCAGAGAAGACGUCAAGAAGCUUUACCGUCUAACGGGUGUGGACAACAAGCCCACCGUCCUCCUGCUGAACGACCUCCACAACAUAGACGAAUCCAUCUUGGGAGACAUCAACAAUAUCCUGAGUUCUGGAGAAGUGCCGGACCUCUACAAGCAGGAGGAGUUUGCUGAGGUGUGCAGAGCCCUGUCUGAGUUUGCCAGAGAAGACAACAUCCCAGAGACGCCUGACUCACUGUUCAGCUACCUGAUGGGGCGAGUCAGGAACAACCUGCAUACAGUGCUCUGUAUGAGCCCAGGGGGAGGAGCCUUCAGGAAGCGUCUCCUCCAGUACCCCGCCAUAGUCAGCUGCACCAGCAUGGACUGGUUUGGUGAGUGGCCCAAAGAGGCCCUGCUGGAGGUGGCUGAGAGGCGUUUAGAUGGACUGGACCUGGGAUCUGGGAGAGAGAUCCAUAGAAAGGUGGCCAGUUUCUUUGAGACCUUACACCAGUCAGUGCAGCAGGUGUCCCACAGGAUGGAGAUGGAGAUGAAGAGAUGUCGUUAUUAUGUGACGCCCACCAGCUUCCUGCAGCUUGUGGCUGGAUACAGGAAACUGUUGGCAGAGAAGCGUGCUGAGCUGGAAGAGCAGGUGAACAAGCUGAGGAACGGGCUCAUUAAGAUCAGAGAAAUACGAGAGAAUGCUGAGGUCAUGUCUGUGGAGCUGGAGACGGCCAAGAGGCAGGCGGUGGAGUUCCAGAGAGAGUGUGACCAGUUCUUAGAGGUCAUCGCACAGCAGCAGAAGGAGGCCAGUAGACAGCAGAAGACGGUCGGGGUCCAUCGUGAGAAAACUAAGAAAGAAGAGCUGCAGUGUAAAAUCAUGGCGAACAAUGCUCAGGCGGAGCUGGACAAGGCCAUGCCGGCCCUGGAGGAGGCCAUGAAGGCUCUGGAGUCUCUGAAUAAGAAGGACAUGAUAGAGAUCAAGACGUAUGGCCACCCUCCGGCGCUGGUGGAGAUGGUGAUGCAGGCGGUCAUGAUCCUUCUGGGAAAAGAGCCUUCCUGGGCCGAAGCUAAGAAGCAGCUCGGGGAUUCCAACUUCAUCAAAACGGUGAUCAACUUCGACAAGAACAAUGUUCCUGACCGCGUUCUGAAGAGGAUCGGCCAGUACUGCCGCCACGCCGACUUCCAACCAGGGAUCAUUGGCAAAGUGUCGCUGGCUGCCAAGUCCCUGUGCAUGUGGGUCAGAGCAAUCGAGAUGUACGGUCGUGUCUACAAGGAGGUGGAACCAAAACGAGCCCAACUCAACGCUGCACUGAGCCAGCUGGCAGACAAGCAGGAGGCGCUGAGCCAGGCUCAGAGCAAACUACAGGAGGUCGGCGAGAAGCUGGCUCGCCUCCAACUUGAACAUGCUGAGAAGCUGGAGAUGAAGGACAGCCUGAGGAAGAAGUUAGAGGAGAUGGAGAUGAAACUGGACCGAGCCGAUAAACUGGUGUCGGGUCUCGCUGAGGAGAGAGUCUGCUGGGAGGAGAGGGUGGCUGGUUUGGAAGAAAACAUGGGACACCUUAUGGGUGACUGUUUGCUUGCAGCAUCCUUCCUGUCCUGCAUGGGACCUUUCCUGCCUGUGUACAGAGAUGAGCUGCUUUCCAUCUGGAAGAAGAAGCUUGUAGAUCUAGAGAUCCAGUUUUCUCCAGGGUUCCGUCUGACUGAUUUUCUGUCCAAAUCUGCGUUGGUGAGGGACUGGAAUGUCCAGGGUCUGCUCUCUGAUGUGUUUUCCACUGAGAACGGACUCAUCAUCACCCAUGGGAACAGGUGGCCACUGAUAGUGGACCCUCAGGGCCAGGCUGUGGAGUGGAUCCAACAUCUGGAAAAGGAGAAGGGUCUAAAGGUGAUAGACAACCAAACACCAGACUACCUGCAGGUUCUGGAAAAGGCUGUCCAGGCUGGGAAACCAGUUCUGCUGCAGAACGUUCAGGAAAACCUGGAUCCCUCUCUCAACCCUGUUCUCAACAAACCCAUGACUGGGAAAGGUGGAAGGUUUUUAAUGAAACUAGGCGAUAAAGAGGUGGAUUAUAAUCCAGAGUUCAGGUUCUACAUCACCACCAAGAUGUCAAACCCUCACUACCCUCCAGAGAUCUGCUCCAAGACAACGAUAAUCUACUUUGGUAUCCAGGAGCAGGGUCUGGAAGCCCGGCUGUUGGGAAUCGUGGUUCGUAAUGAGCAGCCGGGUCUUGAGGAGCAGAAGGACAAUUUGGCAUUCAACAUCCCUAACGACACAAAGCGUCUCCAGGACCUGAAUGAUCAAAUCCUCAGUCUGCUAAAUGAGGCAAGUGGCUCCCUGCUGGAGGACCCACAGCUGAUCAACACCCUGCACUCCUGCAGAGCCGCGGCCAAGCAGGUUUCUGAGCAGCUGGAGGGCAGCAAACGGAGCAUCCUGCAGGUCGACUCAGCCAGAGAGGCCUAUCGUCCGUGCGUCCGGCGAGCCUCCAUCCUCUUCUUCAUCAUGACCAGCAUGACCCUGAUUGACCCCAUGUACCAGUUCUCUCUGGACGCCUACAUCAGCCUGUUCGCUCGCAGCGUUGAAAGCAGCAAAGGCGACUCCAGACUGGAGGCCCGGAUCUCCAACAUCAACGACCACCACACGUACGCCGUCUACAGGUACACGUGUCGCGCUCUGUUCGAGGCUCAUAAGCUCGUCUUCACCUUUCAGAUGUGCACCAGACUUCUGACAGAGGCUGGAGAACUCCACGCGGACGAGUUCAGCUUCUUCCUUCGAGGAGGAAACGUGGAGAAGCGUGAUGGGACUCGUAACCCAUGUGUCAACUGGUUACCAGACUCCAGCUGGGACAACAUCACAGCGCUGACUAACCUGCAGAAGUUUAAGGACAUGGGGACGUCCUUAGAACAGAAUCCUGAAGACUGGAAGAGCUGGUUGACCCAAGCUGAGCCAGAGAAGACCCCACUACCAGGUGGCUGGAGCAUCACCUGCGACGACCUCCAGAAGAUGCUGAUAGUGCGUUCUCUACGCCCAGACCGCGUAGCUUCCUGCAUCACCUCGUUUGUCGUUAAACACCUCGGUCCUCGCUUCGUGGAACCUCCUGUCCUCAACAUGAAGGCUGCUUUAGAGGAAUCCAGCAGCUGGACUCCUCUGAUCUUUGUCCUGUCUCCUGGAGCAGACCCCACAGAUGCUCUGCUGCAGCUGGCUAAAGCCUCGGGCAUGAGCAGACACCUGCACACGCUCUACCUGGGCCAGGGACAGGCUCUUGUCGCUAAGAGGAUGGUAGAAGAAGGAGUGAAGGAGGGUCACUGGGUGUUUCUUGCCAAUUGCCACCUCUCCUUGGCAUGGACAUCUGAGCUGGACAGGCUGAUCCAGCAGCUACGGGUGCAGAAGCCCCACCCACACUUCAGACUGUGGCUCAGCACGUCUCCAUACCCCGAGUUUCCUGUCGGUAUCCUGCAGGCAGGCAUCAAGAUGACCGUAGAGCCUCCACAGGGUUUAAAAGCCAGCAUGAAGCACCUGUACCAGCUGGUGACCCCGUCCCACCCCAGACCCGGACUCUACAACAGGCUGCUCUUCUCCCUCUGCUCCCUUCACAGCGUCCUGCUGGAGAGGAGGAAGUUCCAGCCGACCGGCUGGAACGUGAUCUAUGGCUUCGGCGAUUCAGACUUCAAGGUGAGUGAGAGUCUGCUACGUCUGUUCCUGGACUCGUGCAGCGAUAUUCCCUUCAACGCUCUCCAGAACGUUAUCGCUGACGUCGGUUAUGGCGGUCACGUCACAGACGACUGGGACCAGCGUCUUCUGACUACCACCAUCAGAGACUACUUGAAUGAAGCCGGUGUAAACCAGCCCGGCUUUAGAUUCUGCUCCCCACCCCCCCACCCUAUCCCCCCGGACAGCCCCCUGUCAGCCUAUGAGGAUUAUAUCAGCACACUGCCCCCCACGGACCGCCCGGAGGUGUUGGGCCUGCACCCUAACGCUGACAUCCCGAUCCAGCUCACCGAGACCAGAACUCUGUUCCACUCCCUGCUCUCCCUGCAGCCUGCCGCUGCAGCGGAGGGGGGGGACAGCAGAGAGGACAGGGUGCUGGCGUUGUUGGGCGAUGUCCGCGCUCAGAUCCCAGGGCAGAUAGACACCGACAGGAUCAGGAGCUUCAUCCAGGAGAACCCGUCCCCCCUGGACCUGGUCCUGCUGCAGGAGACGCUCACAUACAACCGUCUGCUGGAGACUGUCAGCUCGACGCUGGUGGAGCUGGAGAGGGGGAUCAGAGACUUGGUGGUGAUGUCACCGACCACGGAGGAGACCUUAAACUGCAUCUACCACGCUCGUGUGCCACCGCUGUGGCAGGAGGCGUAUCCGUCUCUGAAGCCUCUGGCCGCGUGGACCCAGGACCUCCACCAGCGAGUGGACCAGUUGUCCCGCUGGGCUGAGAACAUCAAACCGCCCGUCUCAUUCUGGUUGUCUGGCUUCUCCCGCCCCAACAGUUUCCUCACAGCCGUGCUACAGACCACGGCACGCCAGAACAAGAUAUCCAUGGACACUCUGUCCUGGGAAUUUAUAGUGUCCACUCUUGAUGACAUCAGCCUGGUUGACCCGCCCAAGGUUGGAGUCUACAUCAGAGGUUUGUACCUGGAGGGCGCUGGUUGGGACGUGAGUAACUCCUGUCUGGUGGAGGCUGAGCCCAUGCAGAUGUUCUGUCCCAUUCCCACCAUCCACUUUAGACCAGUGGAAAACCACAAGAAGAAGUCCAGGAGUGUGUACCUGUGUCCGUGCUACUACUACCCAGUACGCGCCGGACGAGCCGGACGGGAGGCCUCUGUAGUCAGCAUUGAGCUCAAAUCCGGAGCUGUGACGCCAGAUCAUUGGAUUAGGAGAGGAACAGCGCUCCUGAUGAGUCUGGAAAACUAAAAGUCCAACAAACACAAUGUUUGUUUAUUAGGAGUUGUCCUACUUUAUUGUUGCUGUCGUUCAUCAGCCUUUGUUUGUGUUUGUGAACAUUAAAGCGAAAAACAUGACAA